GCCGCGUGGUGGUAAAAUGGCGUAAUGGAGGAGAACAGGAAACAGGAAGUGAUGUCAGCAUGGUGUUGCUGCGGCUUUUGAAAAGGAAAGUGGCCGCUCUCUGUUGUUUAUCCUGUAAGCAGUUCGCGGACGUUUCAUUUAUCCACCUGGUGUUUUAAAAUGUCCUCUUUGCCUCAGAAGGCUCCAGGUGGUGCCCUGGGUAGUGGUCUUGGUGGAGUGCCAGGCGGUGUGCCGCUUCAGCAGCAGCCCCAGAGCCUUCAUAUGGGUGCGAGUUCAGGUGCCUCGGUCCCCGGACAGGCCUCCAUGCCCCCUAACCCCGCCGCUCUCCGCGAGAUCUCCCCCGUCUUCCUGUGCCGCAUCGGCCAGGACACCGUGCAGGACAUUGUCACCCGCACCAUGGAGAUCUUCCAGAUCACCCGGGCUACUCAGUUGCCGAACGGUGUGACGCAGAGUCAAGCAGCGUAUCAGGACCGUUUUGGUAAACUGCAAGAACACCUGCGUCAGCUGACUUUGCUGUUCCGCAAACUCCGUCUGCUCUAUGAGCGCUGUGUAGAGAUGACCUCUGACCUUCAGGAGACUCCUGCUGAGCUGGUGCCGUAUGUUGGAGAGGAAAUGGCUGCAGUGAAAUUGGAGCCCUGCAGUCCUGCUGUGGCUCAAGACAAACAAGAAGUAUUAGAGAAAGUCAGACAGAAGAAUCAGGAGAUGAAGAUGCUGAUGGACCAGAUGAGGAAUCUCCUGUGGGACAUCAAUGCCAUGCUCACAAUGCGCAAAUGAACAGGAAACAUUUCCCUUUUCACCUCAAGUCUGCCUUUAAGGGGAAAAAAUUGCUCUUCAUCCAGUCUCUUGUAGUCAGGCAGCUAAUGAGAGCAGAUGGCUGAGGAUCCCGGGGACUGUUACUGCUGUGUUGUGUUUAGUCUUGAUUAAUGAGAUAGGAUUCAGGUGGAGAACUUUUCUCCAUUUACCAGCUUUUGUCUGUGAUCUGUACUACUUGCUGUAAAUUACUGAACAAAAAUCCCCUUGGAUUACCAACGACCUAGGAAUAUGAAUUCCAUGCCAGGUCCUCACUAGAGGCACAGAUGGGAGACCAGCCUGGGCUACAGGUUUCCUGGGUGGCACUGACAUGGAAUUCCUGACCCUCCAAGCAAGAAACCGGGUGAUGUCGCUCAGUUUCCUCCUGGCAGCUACUGUAUUGUGCAGAAGAUGGAACGUAAAUGUACGUGUAAAUUUUCUUCAGAGUGUGGACACUAAUAACGUUUUGUACUGUCUUCUGUACAGCUAAAGAUCUUCACAAACAUUUUUAUAUAAAAUAGAAAUGUAAAAUAAAUUUUCACUCAUUUCUUA